UCUGUAUGUGUGAACACGUCAUUUCGGACAUGCGCAGUCCGCCCUGCAACCAGCUUUGUUGGGCUGCUACAUGCUACUGCUAACUAGCAAGUAUUUCCUGCCUGUGACUGGACACAGCUAUGGACAUCGACGCGUUAUUGGAGGCGUUUCAAGAAUUUGAGAAGAAAGGCAAGAAUGAGACCUGUCCUGAACUAGAGCAAUUCUUGUGUCAUGUUGCCAAGACGGGGCAGCCAAUGAUCUCAUGGUCACUGUUCAAAACAUACUUUGUGUUUAAAUUGGAAAAAGUCAUGGAUGAUUUCCACGCUUCAACACCAGAACAUAGGGUGCCACAUAAUCCCAAUGUGGACUAUGUUCCCUUCGAAGAGAUGAAGACGAGGAUCUUAAAAAUAGUGGAUGGUUACAAUGGAAUCCCAUUCACCAUACAGCGUCUAUGUGAGCUCCUUACUGACCCCAAGCGCAACUACACAGGAACAGACAAGUUUCUCAUGGGUUUGGAAAAGAACGUAAUGGUGGUCAGCAGUAUGUACCCUGCAUCAGAGAAAAAUGGGGCAUCCAGUGUAAACAGAAUGAAUGGAGUGAUGUUUCCUGGUAACUCUUCUCUAUAUUCAGACAGUCGAAAUGUAAAUGGACCGGACACACCAAAACUCCUCACCAGACCAAAGCUGUCAUUGUCAUCCUCACUUUCCUCCAACGGACUCCCAGACUGUACAAUCAGUAAAGAGCCAGAGCCAACCACAGAAGGGGUGAAGGAGCAUCAUAGCGGGGAUUCCUCGCCAUCAGAAGGCGGUGUUGCAACAAGCGGCGGGAUAAAGAACAAACAUCCCGAGGAGGAAGAGGAGGAGGAGGAAGAUUCUGAGGCUGACAAACGUGAGGUCAAGAGACUUAAGUUCGACCAAAAGAAAGAGGAUGAAACGGGAAUUGGAGAAAAGGUCUUCUGUUGUAAAGAGUCCGAAAGCUCAUCAGAGAAACCGGAGUCUUCAGAAGACAAAAGAGCAACAUCUUGUAAAACGCAUACUGUUUCAGAGGACGAUGAGCCUAGCAGCACACAGACAGGACUUUCUGAAGAGCAAGAAGAAUCGUCUGAGAAGAGGAAUGUCCCAAAUCUGACGGAGGACAGUAGUAUGGACCCGCCUGAGGCUCCUUCAGAGAAGAGUCCAAGCUUCGAGGAGGAAAAUACGGAGAGCAGCAGCAGCAGCAGCAGCAGCGAUGGAGAAGGUCUAUCCGGCGACAAGCAGGUCCCCUGUUCUAGUAGUUCAUCUGACUUGUCAGCAGAGGGCAAUGCUGACAGCUCAAACACUGCAAAGACUGAAACAGAGCACGAGGAAAAUGACUAACUUGAGACCGCCUGCCAACUGACUCUUUUUUUUUUACACUGUAUGAUAUCACACCAAGGGUCUUAACUGUAGCACUGUGGACUUCAGGACCCGGACGAACCUCAGAUCCCUCACAGAAGGAUCUUUUUGUCCUCUUCAGUUUCAAAUACUCAAGUCUACACAUCAGCUGGUCGUAAAACUGGAAGUAAAUGAUUUCAAGAUUAUGGAGAAUCUGCUUUUUUCACUGUUGACUAAAACUUUUUCUAACCCUUUAUUCAUUGAUUUUUAUAUAAGCAUUAUAAUUUAACCUUGAUAAAUGAUGUACAGUAAUUUCCUUAUUCUUAAGUCCUUUGGCAUGUAUUUCCAAAAAGAUACAUUUAACAUUUUGAGUUGUGUCUUGGCCUUAGCAUAGACGUUUAACACAUGCCAUGAAAAAUGUGAAGCUACACUUCAUAGACCUCAGAUUUUUCUAUGAAACACUUGUAUUGCUCAUUAACAUUACAUUGCACUUGUUUGCAUUAACCCCUUGAAGGAUGUGGAAAUGUCAUAGUUUUGCUUUCUCACUGUAAACACAAAAUAUUGCCAGUAGUAACCAGUUGGGUUUUAUAAAUCAAUGGUUUGGCCAUUUCUACAUCCAAAUCUGUCUCACAACACAAAGUACUUUUACACUUUCUGUAUGUAAUACCUUAGUUGUACAAAUGUCUCUUUUGAUAGCUUGGAUUUUUACAGUACACAUCUGUAAAUGGUUUUUUGUAGACUUGUUAUACAUGUCCACUGCCUUCAUAAUGCUGAUAAUUGCUGGAAAUUGAGUGCUUGAGCUUGUAUCAUAGUAUUCGUGGAAAGCAAUAAAUGCUUAAAUUCUAAAAGUG